GAAGGACAAAACUGCACACUGGGAAGUUGUAGGUUACAUUUAUUUGACAAUGGCUGUGUGUAGACAAGAAAGGCUCCUGCAGCCUGAUUCUGAAUUCCACAAGUUUUGGGGACAAGUCUACAUUCAGUAUUAAAAGAACCCAGAACUGAUUUAUACAUUCAGAUGCAUAUAUAUUGCAAAGCCAGGUGUGAGGCAUGUCUUCCAUUAGUUCAUAUGUAGUUGUAUUGCAAAAGUUCAGUCUUUGGCUUUGGGUGUGCUAGGCAUGAACAAACACAAUACGAUACAUGCACGGUCAUGUCUUACAGGUUAAAAAUCUUCCCAAAGGAAGCCUGUGGCUCAGACAUCUGCCUAUUGCAGAUGCAGAUUGGCAACUGAUGAUGAGAGGAAGUACAUGCCUUUAAAAGCCAAACCCUUGAAGGGAAUGUGAACCUACAAUAGUUUCUGUUAUGCUAGACUAGAGGCAUACUAGGAUACGUCUCUAGUGUAUUCCAAAGGGCUCAAAACUAGGUUAAUGUAGCUUUGUAUGCCCCAGUGUGGUCAUUAACACCAUCCUCAUUUCACAAAGGGGACAUUUGAAAUGCAGCCGCUUGCCCAAGACCGCAGUUAUGGCCGAACAAAUAGACCCCAGGUCACCUGACUCCCAGUCCUCUCGAACCGCAAGGCACGUACUCUUCUCUUAGUCUAACGCCAUGAGAACAAGCUGCUUCCUCAUCAGAGCUUUGCAUCUAUUUAGCUUGUUCCUCUGAGCAUUAUUGUGUAGGGAGGGUCAGUCCCAACCAAGAAGAAAAACCUUUUCUCUGCCUUCACCUUCUGUAAUUGUGUGCUCAGGGGGAGGGGACUACAGAAACAGAUCCAAACUGGCGUGGCAGCUACCUGCCUGAACAGAGAAAUACACUUCACAGCUGUCAGGCUGUCAGGCAAGAAGCGAUCCCACUCUGACCUAAGCAAGUCCCAACUAGCAGUGCAGUGGGACUCCUCUCUCAGAUGCUUUCUUCCUCUGCACUGCAGACGCUUGGCUCAAGCUCGUGGCAGCUUCUAGUCUGUACUUUUCCCCUGGGGUUUUCUACUUUGACAUCCCCAUGGAUUCACACUGGCACUACCAGUUCCGGAUUAUUAUGCUGGGGGACUCCACGGUGGGGAAAUCAUCCCUGCUGAAGCGCUACACUGAGGGCGUCUUCCUCGAAUCCAUCAAUCAAACUGUGGGAGUAGAUUUCUACGUCCAAUUUAUGGAGAUUGAACCUGGGGUCCAGGUUAAGCUGCAGUUUUGGGACACGGCUGGGCAGGAGCGAUUCAGAUCUGUGACACGUUCCUACUACCGCAACUCUGCUGGGGGAGUGCUGAUGUUUGACCUGACCAACAGAGCAUCCUUUGAAAGCAUCCGUGACUGGCAUCGGGAAGUGACAGAGACUGUGAAACCUUUUCACAUAGUUUUUGUCCUGGUUGGGCACAAGUGUGACCUGAUAGCAGAGCGCAAGGUUGGAAGGAAAGAGGGUCAGAAGCUGGCUUCCUCGCUAGGGGCAAAGUACAUCGAGACAUCUGCUAAGAACAGUAGCAAUGUGGAUGCUGCCUUCCAAGUGCUGACUAUGGGAAUCUAUGAGGCACUGAAAACUGGGGUAAUGAGCCCAACUGAGGACUGGGAUGGAGUGAAAAGUGGAUUGUCGCCCACAGCAGCGACUACAAUACAAACACCAGGAAAACAAGAGCAGAAAAAGAAAUGCGCAUGUUAGUAAGACACUGCAAGUCUCAAGAAGCCAGAAUACACUACCAGUGUCCACCUCCUCUUACAAGACAUGGCAGCUAGACAAUAUUGAAUGAUAUGUAAGGGCAGUUACUGCAGUCUUUCAUUACAAGGUAAUGCCUCAUAACUUGGGCAACAAACAGAAUUGGAAAGGGUGACAGCUAUAUACUCAUAUCCAAAGACUUUAGUGUGUUGCAACACCCUAUGCGCUUCGAAAAGAUUCAAAACAGCAAUGAAAUGGCGUAAGCACUGGAAAAGGCAGAAAUGUACACUUGAAUGUUGAUUAAAUGUUUUAUUCAUAUUUCUCAUUGGCUUUAUUAUCCUAAUAGAGGAGGAAUUAUUUAAUACUAGCCAUGCCAAUGAAUAUGGCAAGAGUAUUAUCCCCAGACAGCAUGUACAGGCAUAGUAGAAUCAGGAGGUG